UUCGAUUGCUUGCCCGUUUCAAAUAAACACGUGCGCCUGGUGAACGUGUUUUUGUUUAAGGCGUAGCUUAACAUUUAUUUUGUUAACUAUGGAAGUAGCAGAGCUGGAAAUGGCGCCAGGUAACAGUUCGGAGACAACAACAGUUACCAAUGAGGUAACAAUGACAGCAGUGGCCACAAAUGCGAGCAUCGCUACAGAAACUGUGCCAGCAACAGCAGAUGCAACCACUAUCGAAGUGAGUACCAAAAAUGAUUCAACAGCAGUUGUUAGUGAAUCAAGCCAAACUGAAGCGACAGCAAGUGUACACAAAGAGAAUGAAACAGCGAUGGCAACUAAUCAGGAGCAAGAGCAGACACAAACAGAUUGUGCUUCACCUGCAAAAACUGCAGAACCCACCCAAGUCGAAGCAGAGCUGAACAGUGGAGAAAUAGCUGUUAAUUCUUCAGUGAACCAGACUACCACGAAGAUUUCCACAAAUGUUGCUAGUCCUGAAGAGAAAAUAUCAACCUCGGCAAAAUCAGCAGAAACAGGGCAGAGCAUCGAGCCAGUAAAUGCUUCAAAUUCUCAAGUGGAAGAGAACAACUGUCCGUCUACCGGAGCUGAAGCAGAGCUAAGCAACGCGACAAUCAAUGUCAAUCCAAGAGUGGAACAAGAAACCGUCAGCGAUGUGGUGGUUGAACCAAAGGUAAACCACGAGGCUAGUUCUCAAGGAGAACUUGGUGCUGCUGUUAGUGCAAUGGACUGUGAAACCUCGCCAACAAAUGAAGGUUUAACUCCAUCAGUGAAACAAACAAAUGGCUUAAGUUUACUCUCUGGCUAUGGCUCUGAUAUGGACUCAGACGUGGAAGAGCCACAACCAAUAGCAGACAGCGAUAAUGAUGAUAUUGUGGAAGUACCAGUAACGGGACCCUCUAGUAUGCGUCGUCAAGUUGUGGCCGUCAGCUCGAGCAGCGACAGCAGUAGCGAAUCAAACUCCGAUUCGGAGGCAGAAUAUCUAACAGUAUUGCGCAAGAAAAUAGAUAAACGCAUAAAUACCGAUGAUUGUGAUGACGAUGACGAUGAGGAUUUGGAAGAUGAUUCGAAGCCGCGCCGGCGUCAGCCGCCGAGAGUGCGUGGCGAGAUGUUACUGGAUGACCUACCUCCAAUUGAACAGCUUGAGAUAACCGUUCCGGAGGACGAAUGCAUUGAGCUGGGCAAAGUGCAAUCUAUAGUGGAUCAAUUAGUUUUAGUCAGUGUCCUGCCCAACUCAAUGCUGUUCGAUUUGGACACUGUGCUCUUCCUGGAGAAGGGACGCAAAGUACUUGGCCAGGUCUUCGAUGUGCUCGGCCAGGUGGCCGAUCCACUCUACUGCGUUCGCUUCAAUUCCAAUCAGCAGAUCAAGGAGCGCAACAUCAACGUGGGCGACAUUGUCUACUGUGCCCCACAAACGGAGCACACACAAUUCGUAAUACUGUCCAAACUAAUGCAGGUGCGCGGCUCAGAUGCAUCGUGGGAGCACGACGUGGAACCACCAGCGCGCUUCAUAGAUUACUCUGACGAUGAAGCGGAGCGCGAAGCGCGUUGGGAGCAGCGCAAGAAGCGUCAACGUGAACGCACCAAUUCCACGGACUCUACGGAGACGGUGACCACGUCGACAACAACGAACACAGAAGCUAGCGAGGCAGCGCCUCGACAGCGGGGUCGACGCGCUCAACGCCAGUCGCAGAACUAUUCCCAUGGCAAUCAGCAACAGCAGCGCCAGCACAGUCAAUCACGCUCGCAGUCCAGAGACUCGGAGUACAAUUAUCAUCCCAGCUACAAUCCAGGCAGUUGGCAUUCGAAUUACUAUCACAAUUAUCAUCCACCUGCUGCCAAUUUCAAUAUGAUGCCCGGCAUGGGAUUCCCCAUGUCCGCGCAUGGUUAUGGCUAUAUGCAGGGACCACCGCUGCCACCACCACCUCCGCCACCACAUCCCUAUGGCAUGCCCAUGGGUAUGCCACCUCACAUGUAUCCAACGCAUCCUUCGCCCUAUGGCCCACCCCCUCAUCCGCCACCCAAUUAAACAUCGAAUCCCUUUUAUUCACUUUAUUCCAAUAAAAAAAUUUGUUUAAAAAUUG